CUCAAGGAGGAAAUGAACAACUCUACAGUGAACUUCACCACUGAAUCAUCCACAACUUAUUCAUUUGAGUCUUUGGACAUUUUUGAAAUGUAUGCAUGCAGUUUUAAUUUCCUGCUUGGUCUUCCUACUCAUUCCUAUGUUAUAUGGCUCAUCAUCACCACAGGAAGCGGAGUUGCAUCGGUGUUCUUUAAACUCAAUCUGUCUGUUUGUGAGAUUGGGAUUUGUGUGACUAGUUUGAUUUUUAUACUGUGUUUUUGGUUUCCAAGUCUCACAACAUUAAUGUGGUUUUUAAUGGGAAUAAGCAUCACUGGUCGUCCUCUGUUUCAGUGUCUGAUCUGUGUUGAGCGUUACCUGGCAGUGGUUCAUCCUGUAACCUUUCUGAAGUACAAACCUCUCAGAUAUAGAGUGAUCUGCUGCACUGUGGCCUGGAUCAUAACUCUUUGCUCCUGUAUUUUGUCUAUGUUCCUCUUGCCGAAUACUAUAGAACAAACAUUGUUCUUCACAACACAGUUCCUCCUCUUCCUCUCCAUCCAGUUGUUUUGUCUUGUGGCUGUUCUCAGAGCUCUGAAGCAGUCAGGACCAGGUGAGAGAGGGAGAGAGAGAGAGGAGGAAAACCACAUAAAGAGAAGGGCUUUUAAUGUCAUUCUAAUAUCUACUGUCAAUAUUUUCUUCAUAUAUGCCCCAUAUACUAUAACAGGACUCUUUAACAUUGUGACAAAACAGAAUUUCCGUGUACUUUGGUGUAUUUGUACAUUUUGUUUUUUGAUGGCUGGUUUUGUUCAGCCUGUUCUUUAUCUGUACCAUGCUGAAAAACUAACGUGCCUCUGUUACUCAAAAGUUAUGUAA